AUGGCCUCUCCAACCCGCUACUUCGCCUUCGGCAGCAACCUCUGGCAGCACCAAAUGGCCCUCCGCUGCCCCAACUCCCCUUUCAUCGGCCUCGCCCGCCUGCACGGCUACGAAUGGUUCAUCAACGCCCGCGGCUACGCCAACAUCGCCCCCACCCCAACCAAAACCACAGCCACCACCCCCCCCAACCCAAACGAGGACGAAAAAGAAGAAGACCCCUACGCCACCCAAGUCUGGGGUCUCGUCUACGCCCUCUCCCCCGCCGACGAAGCCCAGCUCGACCUCAACGAGGGCGUGCCCUACGCCUACCAGAAGGAGCACCUCGCCGGCAUCGAUUUCUGGCCCUCCACCACCACUGCCCCCACCCCCACCACCACUUCUUCCUCUACCACCCCCACAGUAGACAUCACCACCACCCCGCCCUCCCAAGCCGAAAUGCUCGUCUACAUUGACCGCUACCGCAACAUGGGCGGGCACGAACCGCGCGCGGAAUAUGUCAGCCGGAUGAACCGGGGCAUUGCGGAUGCGUUAAGGGAGGGCGUGCCGAAGGGGUAUGUGGAGCGGGUGUUGAGGGCGUAUAUCCCUGGGGAGGAGGAGGUGUUGGGCAGGGUGGUGGAUGUGGGGCUGGAGAGGGCGGCGAUGAGGAGGGCGAGGGGGUUGGAUCGUGAUGGGGCCGGGGAGGAGAAAGGGGAGGGGGGUAAGGGGUUGCCUGCUGCUGCUGCUGCUGCUGGUGGUGGGCCGUCGGGGUCGGGGGUUGUGUCGAGGGUGGGGGUGGAGGAGGAGGAGGAGUUGCCGGAGAGGGCGAGUCGGAGUCGGGCGGGCAGUGUCGGCUCCAAGUAA